CAUUUUGUUGUAAAAAUGGUUUUUGUUUAGAUUCAAGGAGUACACCGAAUGCUAGGAGUAAUAAUUUCAUCUCAAAUACUCAAUAUAUAUAUGAUCAUGCUACAUAAACAAGGUAGCCUAGCUAGCUUAUCAUGAGUAGUGAAGAGUGAGUGAAUCCGUCAUCGGUAGCUGGCCGGAAAUGGUGCCUGGGCUUAGAUCAUCAAGAAGCUCCGCCGCUGCCGCCGCCAGCAUUGUCAGUCACCGGUUGAGAUGUGCCUCCUUGCUUCCGGCCGGUAAUAUUUACGGGACGACGGAGUUUAUAAGAAUGUACGUCCCUGCCUCCGCCGUACCGGCCAUUAAUACGACGGGAUUGGAUGGUGUCUCUGAUAGAUCUUUACAAAAUUCAAUUCAUACUCCCUCCGUCCAAAAAAGAACUUCCCGGUUUGACCGAGCACGCAUAUUAAUGUGUGAUAAAAUUUGCUUUGACUUUCCUAUUUUACCCCUGCAACCUUCCAUCUUUCAAUCUACUGGUACCGAAUCUCUGAUUGCCAACACCCCCGCCGGCGAUUCUCUACCACCGCCAGCGAUUCUCUACCACCGCCGGCGAUUCUUUACAGCCGCUGCCGCCGACUCUCUGGAACCAUCGGAUGACUUCGGUGGUUCUUCUUGCCGCCAUCCCUUCCGUAACCCCCUCCCUCGUAGAUCUAAUCUCUUCCAUCCGAGGUUUUGACGGCUUGGGGCAAGGCUAGGAGUAACAAAAGCUUUAUAGAUCUAUGAAAUUGAUGGAGAUUAUGUCGAAAAAGGAACAGAUCUGACCAUGGUUCAUCUUGCCCGCCUCUCUCUGGUUCACGUAUGUACCAUGGGAUUUCAUAGAUCUGCUCUUCGAUCUCUGGUUCUUCUUGCCCGCCUCUCUCUGCUCGCUGCUCCCAAUUAUUGGGUGACGGAACAAAGAUCAAAACAUGGA